AUGCUGGGACUUCCUGAACAAUUUCUAUUCAGUUCAGGCAUAGGCAAUGGUGGAGGUGUUAUACAGGAGAGUGCGAGUGGCAGUUGUAUUUUGAUGCUUGUUGCUGCAAAGAGACGUGCCCUCGACAAACUGCGUCAGACAGAUAAAGAUUUAGAUCCAUAUGAUGUCUCGUCUAAGUUCGUUGCUUUAAUGAGUGACCAGGCUCAUUCUAGUAUCGAACGUUCUGGGUUUGUAGCUGGGAUUCGAACCCACAUCCUACCAACCGAUGAGACAGGAUCACUCAGAGCUCAGGCUCUUCUUGAUGGCAUAGCUAAAGUCAAAUCACUAAGAAGGAUACCCAUUUUUCUCGGUGUUACCCUAGGGUCGACAACAACUUUGGCUUUCGACGCUCUCGCAGAAUUGGCUCCUAUAUGUCAUGAUGAGGGAAUAUGGGUCCAUGUAGAUGCUGCCAUUGCUGGCUCUGCCUUUCUUUGUCCUGAAUUCAGAUAUCUGAUGGCUGGGAUUGAGCUUGCGGAUUCUUUCAACUGCGGACCGCAUAAGACAAUGUUAGUGACGAUGAGCUGUUCAGUUCUUUGGGUCAAAGACAGAACAACUGUUGAGAGCUCACUAGCCAUUGAUCCUCCGUACCUUGAUUAUCAUCUAGAAAAACCUCACGUGGAUUACAGGCACUGGAGUUUCAAUCUCACUCGUCCGCUUCGCUCACUCAAACUUUGGUUUGUUAUUCGACUGUUUGGUGUCCAAGGGCUACAAGACCACAUCAGGAAGCAAUCUCGGCUCGUUAAAGAGUUUGCACACCUGGUGAGCACCGAUGCUCGAUUUGAGCUUUGUGCAGAGGCAAUAUACAGCCAUGCGUGCUUCAGAUUAAAGAAUUCUGACAACGAAACAAAUCGACAUCUUCUGAACCAGAUUAACAUGACACGAAAAGUAGUCUUGACGGGAUCUGUGUUCAAGGGAAAAUAUAUUCUUCGUUUCGCUGUAUCCAGUCCCUUCACUGAAAGCAAGCAUGUAGAGUUUGCUUGGAAGAUAAUCACGGAAGCAGCGAAUGAACUCAAAGGAGCAGAUACUGACGGUCUAAAAGAUUGAGAAAUUCAAAACCAAUUGGUGAUAUUAAGUGAAAUACUGUAUAUUUGUGUGAUAAAUGUGACCGAAAACAUUUUGCAAAGUGUACUUUCCUGGACCAACGCAGAAUUUCUGUUGUCAUUUUACACAUUAUUAUCCUCGCCAAAGUUCCAUGUUAUUGAUAUAAGAAGAGGACAAAUGGAAUCAUAUAAGACAUGUUAUACUGGCAGAUAAAAUGAAAUGAAGAGGUGAGAAAGUAGAUCGUCGGAAGUAAAAGUAUUAUUUCUAAGAAAGGGUAUAGUCCUUAAUACUUCAUUCAUUUAUUAUUGGAAUGAAAUCUUAAAUUGUAAUAAAAUAUUGAUUACACACAUCUAAUUUAAACGUUUUUGGAGGUAAUAACUUUUAUAGGAACUGUCUUCAUGCAUUUUUAAAAUUUUAUUUAUUACCAGAUAUCACUGUCAGGUACAAGUACAAGGAAUAGUACAUCACAUAUAAACAAAAUAUUUGGUAAUUGCAUCUAACAUACUAGCAAAAUGCUAAUCGAGGUUAGCCCCAAAUAAUGUCAUUACCAUACUUUAAACAUUAAUUUUCACUAAAUCUCAAUAUUGUACAUAAAAUUCAGUACUAAUUCUACUUAUUACUAUUGCAGAAAAUUUCGAUAAUUUUUAGUGAACACAUUUACACUAUAUUUACAAGAAAAAAACAUCUUAAUUAUUCACAAAAUUAUUGUUGGAAUAAAAUUUUAGUUGUUUUUUUCGUACUGGAAUAUUAAUCACUAGUCAUUUCUAUAAAGUACCGAAGCGAUGACGUCAGUUGAAAUGGCGGCCUUGUUCUAAACAAAUGAACUCAGAGCGUGUUUCUCAUAGGAGAAAAUGGCCCGUAAUCGAAUUUCAUCGCAUGCAACAUCAGAAUGAUGGUAAUUUUUCCAAAUGCAGAUGUGUAUAGACGAUCGUCCACUGCGACUCUGUUUAUAGAACCCAGCCGAUUCGUUGUCAUGACAGUAGAGUCACACUUCGGAAUUUUAUACAGUAACUUUUUGAAUUAACACGAUUAAUAUGUUAAUACUACAUGCACUUAUCAUCGGAAUGAAAUUUUCAAUUGUGUGUAAUGAAAUAUUUGACUAUACACGUGUAUUUUAAACCUCUUUGGAGGCAAUACAGUAACUUUUUGAAAUUAAUAUGUUAAUACUUCACGCAUUUAUUAUUGGACUGAAAUUUUAAAUAUUGAGUACUGAAACAUAUUUAUUACGAACAGUAACUCUUUGAAUUAAGGUGUCGGAGUAAUACUAAUGUACAUAUAUUUCUAUUGGAAUGAAAUAUCAGAUUAUAAUGAAUAAUUGAUAAGUAGUCAUUUCUAGACUAGUACUCGUUUUUUUCUAAUAAAUUUCAAGUAUUUUUUUUUUCUUUUGUCCAAUGUAGGUUUUAUAAUGUGUAUUCUAUUUCCCUUAAUGUAACGGGUAUUCACUUUUACUGUAUAUAAUUCUUAUAAAUGUAGUAGUGGCUUUAUAUGUUUAAUACGGUAUUUUGAUGUUUAUUGUUCAUUGACUUUGUGAGCAAAGCAAAUUUCCAAUAUGGAUAAAUAAAGACGAACUUGAACUUAAACCAGAAAAGGUGAGAUGCUUGAGUAGUUAGAGAGAUUAGAGUAGACUGGUAUGAGUUGGCCCAUGGAGUUGUAGAGCAGGGGCGACUCGGAUACCAUGGAUACGACGGUUCGG